AACAGAUUAAACAGAAUAACUUGAUCACAAAUUAAUCUGUUAUCUAUGCUUUACACCAGCUUCCUCCGCCUCUCCUUUCUCUUAUUUCCCCCCCUUCUUUGCUAUAAUAACAUUUAGCAGAAUCCCACUGGCUGCCUCUGGCUCCUGGCCAGGGACCUAUCUGCAUGACGCAAGCAGAGACUACUUAAAGGGAGAUUACAGGCAGUAAGACAGUGCUAGCAGCCUACUCGUAUAGGGGCACCUUUGAUUACCCAGCCACAGAUUAGUGCAUUCUGAGCACAAGUCACCUCCCCCGGUGGCUUCCCCAGCAGAAGGUGUAAAGCCUCCCCGCAGAACCAGGUCUCCGAUGUACAGCGAUGGGAGAAUGGACUAUCUUAGAAAGACUUUUGGAGGCUGCUGUGCAGCAGCACAGUACUAUGAUAGGAAGGAUUCUGCUGACAGUGGUUGUCAUCUUCCGGAUACUUAUUGUGGCCAUUGUUGGAGAGACUGUUUAUGAUGAUGAGCAAACUAUGUUUGUGUGCAACACUCUUCAGCCAGGAUGUAAUCAGGCAUGCUACGACAGGGCUUUUCCAAUCUCACAUAUAAGAUACUGGGUGUUCCAAAUCAUCAUGGUCUGUACACCAAGUCUCUGCUUUAUUACUUACUCCGUCCACCAGUCUGCCAAGCAGAGGGAGAGGAGGUACUCUACAGUCUUCUUAACGGUAGACAGAGACCCAGACACUGUAAAACGAGAGGACAGCAAGAAGAUUAAGAACACCUUGGUUAAUGGUGUCCUGCAAAACACAGAAAACUCCACCAAGGAGGCCGAGCCUGAUUGCUUAGAGAUCAAGGAAAUCCCAAACCCAUCCAUUCGAACCACCAAAUCCAAGAUGAGGCGCCAAGAAGGAAUCUCAAGAUUUUAUAUCAUCCAGGUGGUCUUCAGAAAUGCUCUGGAGAUUGGUUUCCUAGUGGGACAAUAUUUCCUGUAUGGGUUUAAUGUCCCGUCCAUGUACGAAUGUGACAGAUAUCCUUGCAUCAAAGAGGUGGAGUGUUAUGUGUCUAGGCCAACUGAGAAGACGGUAUUCCUGGUUUUUAUGUUUGCGGUUAGUGGCCUCUGUGUUGUGCUCAAUUUGGCAGAGCUGAACCACUUGGGCUGGCGAAAGAUCAAGAUGGCAGUCAGGGGAGUACAAGCAAAAAGGAAAUCCAUAUAUGAGAUCAGGAAUAAGGAUUUGCCCAGAAUGGGGGUGCCCAACUUUGGCAGGACUCAGUCCAGUGACUCAGCCUAUGUGUGAGGACAUUUUAAAUACAGCAGCUGAGAACUGGACUUGUGCAGCAUGAUGGGGGGGAGGGAGGGUGUCUGAUUAAUGGAAUGCCCUUGGACCUGAUUGCCAUUGCAUCGCAGAAAUGAGCUGGCUGGUAUAGUUAAUAUCAAUCAGCAGUAGCUGCCAGUGAUUUAAUUGGCUAAAAUCUCUGGCUCUAGUAGCUCAUGUCAAUGUUUGUGAAUAUAACUUUUUUUAUUGGAUCCUUUUGUACAGCAUUGCGGAACGUAUUACUUUCCUAAAAGCCUCCUGUAUCUCUGCUCAGUUACAACUGUUAUGAUCAAGUCACUGUAUGCAGGAAGAGCACAAUAUAUAAGGAGACCAGUGUUCCAUGACCCAGCUGGUUUCUAGUGAGUAAUGCCUUUUGGUGGCCUGUUGUAAGGAAAUCUUAGGGGCUAUCCUCUCUACUUUGUAUAGAAUAACAGGUAUAAGCCAUUUAGGGUGUCGCCAACUACAGCAACCUUGCUUAUCUCCAUGACCAAUACACUUGAGAAAUACAUUGUGCAAAAAAUCCAAGAGGAAGUGGCAACACUCUCCUUGCAGAUAGUUAUAGUCUGGGAUUAUGGAGCUGCUCUUAAACAGCAGUCUCUAUGAAUACUAAAAUAAGGGAUUAUGAGUUGACAAGUAUGCAGUGUGGGACGUACUGCCAACCGUAGACCUUAAAGCCUUGCUAGUCAAAACUUGUCCUCGUGUACCAUUAACAGACCUGUACGGAAAGCUUUUCUCUGAGCACAGGCAGAGCAACUCACGAUCACACUGCACGUGAUUAACCCAUGAGACCUCAAGCAGAAAUAUCCCUUAAUCCAGAAAUGUCAAUGGCAUGUGAUGGUGCACAAGGCCGGGAAUUCCAGAUCCAAUGUCUUUUCUUACGUACAUAAUCAGCUUUAUAUUGGUGAAAUACAAGACUUGGGCUGACACAUCCACAACAGAAAUCUGCCCUUUCACCCAAAGUGAUGGCAAAAAAAGUGAUUAUUUAUAAACUGUCCACAUGGAAUACAAUUACAUAAAAUCUAUCAUAACCAUAUAUUUAACUGUUGGUGAAUUCAUACCUACACCACCUAUGCCCUAUCAUUAUAGAGAAGCUUGCAGAGUUAUUUCUUUCAAUCAGAUUUCCCCUUUCUGAACCAUUUUCCAUCCCAGGCUCUCCUGUCUCUUGUAAUGCACCUGCCAACACCUCACAGGCCAAAGGUGAAUGCUUUUACUUGCUUCAGGAUGAUUGAGAAGAAGCCUCAACAAAAAUACAUUCUUCCCUAUAUCUGCUUGUCACCUUUUGGUCUGGACCAUUUAUCCAUUGUUAAAAAGGGAAAUUAAAAUAUAAUAAAGGGCAUAUUGGAGGACAUGUUUAAGGUUCCUUAAGCACGUGUUCUGUUGCAUGUUGAACUUUUAUCCUUCUUUCUGCUUGCAAUUGCACUAAAUGUAGAAAUCCAUUUAUCAUUUAAUAUGUUCCUGUCUUGACCUGAAAGCAAUUGGCUUUUUUUGGUGACAGAGAUACUGUUCUAGCCCAAGGGUCAGGAAUCAGCACGGCCGCUUGACAAAUGCAGUUCUUGUUUAAACUGAUAUUUUCUAGUUGCUUAAUAAUGCAAGGCAGGCUGAUUUAAUAAUUGGUGCUAAAAGAUGUCUAUUCAAAAUACCUCUAACGGCAUCGGUUUGAUGGCACAAGUUUCAUUGACCUUGACACGAGGGUUGCUAAAUGAGAUCUUGCGUUUCAUGCUUAUAAGAUUUGUGCUGAGGACUAGACAUGUCUCCAGGCGUUCCUUUUGUCUUCUCCCUCGGUUAAAAAAAAAUCAAGAAUAUUGUCCAGUUGCCUCUGUGUUAUGACCUACAUAGUCUUCAGUGGUCAAAUAGGUUGCAUUAGAUGUGUUACUAUUGGUCAAUCUUGAACAGCAUUUUUUAUAGGGGAGAACAGUCAAGGAGCCUGAUGGGAAGGAACGUGUCUUGUUAGCAUGACAGACCUUUCUGCGUGGCUAGGUUAUGCCGUGACUGUAUUUAUCUUAUCAAGACAGCCUGGUGAUUAGUUUCUGAGCUGUGCACUCAAAUGUCCCAACAUUCUACCAUUUUACUGGAGACUUAAAGGAACAGUAACACCAA